GAUGAUUAUAAAAAUAGUAGUUCACAACUUCAAGCUUCUCUUGAGAAAUUAGCUGAACAGUAUAAUGCAGCAAAGGCCAAGUCUAUCCCAGUAUUAACUUCUUUUCUUUAUAAUAUAAAGCCUAAUAAUGAUCUACUUACACAUGUAAAAAGUGGAGCAAAAAUCCAUGUACAAGUUGAUUUAGUAAAGUAUAGAAAAUGUGAGCUGGGUACAAAAAAUUCCAAAGAAAAUAAUAACUUGCAUAUUAUACCAGCACGUAAG